CUUCGUCGCUCCGCGCAGUCUCCUGAGAACAUUUUUUUCUGAGUGAUUCCAGCUUCCAGACACAUUUGCCAUGAUAAGGGUUUCGAUCCUUUCCCAUAUUUGCCCUGAGUCAUGAGUGGAUAUGUGUGAUGCCUGCAAGUAAAACUGCCGAGGUACGGAAGGUGUCCGGCGGAGCAGCGCUGAGGUCGCUCGGGACCGCUGAUGGGCGAGGCGUAGUGCGGGCAGCAUCACUGUGCAACUCAGACUCCAAAUUUGGAGGGUAAGAAGAGUGACCUAUUUGGGUGGCUGUAACUGAAGAUUGCUUUACAGAAGCAACUGAAGAAGGUUUUUGAGUCAUGAUGCAAGAAUCUGGGACUGAGACAAAAAGUAACGGUUCAGCCAUUCAGAAUGGAGCGAGCGGUGGCAACCACUUACUAGAGUGCAGCCUACGGGAGGUGAGAUCAAACGGCGAGACUCCUUCAGUUGAAAUUGGGGCUGCAGAUUUAACGCAUCUUCAGCAACAGCAGGCUCUCCAGGUGGCACGGCAACUUCUACUACAACAGCAGCAGCAGCAGCAGCAGCAGCAGCAACAGCAGCAGCAGCAGCAAGUUAGUGGAUUAAAGUCUCCGAAGAGGAAUGACAAACAGCCGGCCCUGCAGGUUCCCGUGUCGGUGGCUAUGAUGACACCUCAAGUGAUCACUCCCCAGCAAAUGCAGCAGAUCCUCCAGCAACAAGUGCUAACUCCCCAGCAACUCCAAGUCCUGCUCCAGCAGCAGCAGGCACUCAUGCUUCAACAGCAGCAGCUUCAAGAGUUUUAUAAGAAACAACAGGAACAGUUGCAGCUUCAACUUCUACAGCAACAACAUGCUGGAAAACAGCCUAAAGAGCCCCAGCAACAGCAGGUGGCUACGCAGCAGUUGGCCUUUCAGCAGCAACUCUUACAGAUGCAGCAGUUGCAACAGCAGCACCUCCUGACUUUGCAGCGUCAAGGGCUGCUAACAAUCCAGCCUGGCCAGCCUGCUCUGCCUUUGCAGCCCCUUGCACAAGGCAUGAUUCCAACAGAACUGCAGCAGCUCUGGAAGGAAGUGACAGGCUCGCACACAGCCGAAGAGGCAGCCAGCAACAACCACAGCAGCCUCGACCUGUCCACCACCUGCGUUUCCUCGUCCGCGCCGUCUAAGACCUCCUUAAUAAUAAACCCACACGCGUCAACCAACGGACAGCUAUCGGUUCACACUCCUAAACGGGAGAGUUUAUCCCACGAGGAGCACUCACACAGCCAUCCGCUCUAUGGACACGGCGUAUGCAAAUGGCCAGGCUGUGAAGCUGUAUGUGAAGACUUCCAGUCGUUUCUAAAACAUCUCAACAGUGAGCAUGCGCUGGAUGAUAGAAGUACAGCCCAAUGUAGAGUACAAAUGCAGGUUGUACAGCAGUUAGAGCUACAGCUUGCAAAAGAUAAAGAGCGCCUGCAAGCCAUGAUGACACACCUGCAUGUGAAGUCAACUGAACCAAAAGCCACCCCUCAGCCUCUCAAUCUGGUGUCCAGCGUCACGCUUUCCAAGACGGCGUCCGAGGCUUCUCCGCAGAGCUUACCUCAUACUCCCACCACCCCGACUGCACCCAUCACUCCCGUCACGCAGGGACCGUCGGUCAUCACUACCACGAGCAUGCACAACGUCGGGCCCAUCCGGAGGCGGUACUCGGAUAAAUACAACGUCCCCAUUUCUUCAGCAGAUAUUGCCCAGAACCAAGAAUUUUAUAAGAACGCAGAAGUUAGACCACCGUUCACGUAUGCGUCUUUAAUUAGACAGGCCAUCCUCGAAUCUCCAGAAAAACAGCUAACACUAAACGAAAUCUACAACUGGUUCACACGAAUGUUUGCUUACUUCAGGCGCAACGCGGCGACGUGGAAGGGUGCCAUUCGCACCAACCUCUCACUGCAUAAGUGCUUUAUCAGAGUAGAGGAUGAGUUUGGGUCCUUUUGGACUGUUGAUGAUGAAGAGUUUAAACGUGGCCGUCAUAUUCAACGAGGCCGUCCUCGAAAAUACUGCCCUGAUGAAAACUUUGGCGAGCUUGUUGCACAUAACCCUUCUCUUAUUAAAAACAUACAGACCAGCCACACCUACUGCACACCUCUCAAUGCUGCUUUACAGGCUUCAAUGGCUGAGAACAGUAUACCUCUAUACACUACUGCUUCCAUGGGAAAUCCCACUCUGGGCAACCUAGCCAACGUGAUGAGGGAAGAGCUUAAUGGUGCAAUGGAGCAUACGAACAGUAAUGGGAGUGACAGUAGUCCAGGACGUUCCCCUAUGCAAGCAAUGCACCCCGUGCAUGUCAAAGAAGAACCGCUAGAUCCAGAUGAAAAUGAAGGCCCGCUCUCCUUAGUGACAACAGCCAACCACAGUCCAGAUUUCGAUCACGACAGAGAUUAUGAAGACGAACCUGUAAAUGAGGACAUAGAAUGAGUAUGUCUGACAUCGUUAUCCUGAGAAUGAAGAUGGGAAGAACACGUCAAACCUAGCUGUGAAAUCUCUCCAUUGUUGUACAGUCUGGAGGAUUCUCAGUCCACUUUGACAACUAUGAAAUAUGUUAACUCUUAGUGCCAUCAAGUAUCCCAUUUGGGAGUAUUUUUGAUUUUUCUACUUUUUGUUGAAAAAAGGAAUUUGUACUCUGUGCAUUGGAUGGACUUGUUUGGUACUUGGGAUUUUCCUCUCUUACAGUCAACGUCAGUGUUGUAAAUUUGCUAAACUGAUUCACUUACAUUUAGCAGCCAACUAUGGACUGCAGGUCCUGCCAAUUUUGGACACUUGAGGACAUCAAACUGAGCAUGUACACCAGAACUGCAGAUCAAGUCUUUGCCCAGAUUUUAAGGAUUCCAAUGGACAACAUAUUUGCACAGUACUGCAUGUUGAUUAUCACUGCCUUUACUCCAUUUUGUUGUUUUUUGGUUUUUUUUUUUUUUUUUUUUUUUUUUGCUUCCAUUUGGGAUGGGGAAGGCCUGUGUGUGCACGUGUGUGGAUAUGUGUGUGUGCGUGUGAGCGUGUCUAUCGGGGAGGGGUUAAAAGAAAAAUUAUCCCAAACUUUUUAAUGUAUUGCUUUUAUUCCCCCGCCCCACUUCUCCUCUACCAUUUUAAGUUCUGACCUCAGGCCUCAUCUGGGCCCAGGGCCUCUCGGAGGCUUCAACGUUUUCUGUACUUUGUGAUGAAUGUUAAUAGGUGUUUUUAUUAUACGAAGCUGAAUGUCAUUGAAUUGUUUGUAGUUUUUUCUGUCAUUCAUUCCAGUUUCCUUCAGAUGCCACCAUGUUUUCUUUAGCUGUGGAAAACAUUCCAUUUCGGUGUCUCUUUUUUUGUUGUUGUUUUUUUGAAAAGGUCCCAAAUGCUGCACUAUACAUGUGGAAGGGUUGUCCACCGGAGAGAGAGAAACGAAGUACUGCAAGAAUGAGAAUGAAUGACAGACGAACAUAGAAACACUGUAGGAAGCAACACAGAUUCAUUCCGCAAAGCAGUAUUUUUUGUUGUUGUUUUGGGUUUUUCUUUUUUUUGAGAUUUCUUUUUUUGGCAGCAAUGGUGAAUAUUAGCAAAUGCCACAAAAUGGAACAGCACAAAGAAACGUAUGCAGCACCAACAGAAUUCACUUUUAUUAGAGGAUGGAUAGUACAGUGGCAGGCUCUCGGUUGUUUAACACGAGUUUUAAUGGGUCAACAAAUCUUUCUGGAAUAUCUGAGAUUACUGAGAUGGGCACCUAUACAUUUAUUAUGACAUAUUUUUUUUUUCUUUUUGCAUUUGCAUUCGCAAAUAGUGGUUGGAAAGAUGACUUCAUUAAAUUGUUAUUGUACGUAGUGAUGUUUCACGGUUAAACAUCAGUUCAGGACUGCUUGGUGGCAUUAAUCUGUUUGAAUACAAAUUAGAUUUCAGAUUGAACUUGUUACGGGAGUUAAUAAGGACAGAGCCCCACUAAUGCUAAAGUGUUAAUUUCAACUGUGCAAAUCCAGUACUGCGGUUACGAUUGUUAUGCAAUAUUACACCAGCCAGUAUGGAAACCUCGCCGUAGGAAAUGGGAGAUAUAGGAGAGAAUUCGCACCGGGGCUUGUUAGGCACGACUGGCAAUGCUCUUCAAAGCAAACAUGGCAUGCAAAAUUUGUUGCUAUAGGUCAGUAAACCUUGGUCACCAAACACCUAAACAUUUUCAUUCUGCAACCACUUUUCCGUCACUCAUUUAUUUAUGUAGGACUGUAGCUUUUUUAUUAUUUCAAAAAGCCUUUCAGAGCUUAAUUUAUAUUCUUCUUUGUACCUUUUUUUUUUUCCUAAAAUUACCAAAGAUAUUACACAAAGGUAAAUUAUGUUCUCUGUUAUAUGCUUUAUCUUGUGAAGCCAAAUAUCCUCUUAUUGUUGAUCAAAGGAGGCUGAAGAAUUUAGAGGGAAAUGACAAGCUGUGGGCUAUUGCUAACCUGAGAGGGAAACUGCUCCUUUAUUCUAGAACAUUUAGAAGGCCAAGUAGAUGUCUGAACCAAAGUUGUUACUUUUUAUUUGUAAUUCUUUACAGUGACCAAAAUGAAAUUCUGUAAAGAGGAACGGAGGACAGCUUUUGAGGCUGAAUCUAGGAAACAGUGUUACUGGGGACGCUAGGGAUGGGAGCUGAGAAAGCAAAGACGCGGUUAUUUUGCAGAGUAUCAGAUAAAGGAGACAGUUUAAUAAAAUGCAGAAGAGAACAGAAAAGCUCCCACAAUUUAACUGGACCACAUAAUAGUAUUUCUAGGCUGAAAAGGAAAAAAAAAACUAAUUUGGUCUUUGGUUCUACAGAUUGUGUGCCACUUCUGUUUCGGGAUCGUGCUAGGAUGACUGCUUUCAUUUUGGUUGAUCUUGGCAAAUUUGCUCAGUUUUGUUUAGUUUUCGGUCAGCAUUUUUUCAUAAAGAAAGAACACUCCUGUCCACUCAUAAGCUUUGGUACAAGAAAUUUUAUUGGCAGUUACUUUUAUAAAACUCAGCUCUGCUUUCUGUUAGGAAAAAAAAGAAAAAAAAAAGAAAAAAAAAAGAAAAAAAAAGAGAGAGAAAUGGGGAAAAAAAAAAAAAAAAAGGGCAGUCUGUGGUCAUUCGAAAACAUUUAUUUUUCUUUAAAUUAUCUCCAGGCAGCUUCGUGCCGUGCCGGCGGUAGCCAGACAGGGAUGGCGACAAUUGAGCCCUGUCCUUCUAAACUGAGUGGUUUGCUGGUUAGUUGGGUAUUCAGAAGGGGACAAAAAUCCGGUAGAUUAGUUCAUUCUCAGCAUGUGUAGCUAGACAUGAGUAAAGAUAACAGCAUGAGAAACUGUUAGUACGCAUACCUCAGUCCGAACUGUUAGGGAAUGAGUAAAUAAAUAAAAAAUACAUUUCACUCAGUUGCACUUAGUUGUAUGUCUUGCAUGCUUAGUCUAAAGACUGUAGCAAAAAUAUUUAAAAAAUAAAAAAAGAAAAAAAAAAAAGAGAAAAAAGAAAUAAAAAAUUAGAUUUUAACCUAUCUGGCAGGUGUCGCAGCCUUGCAGAAGAACCAACUGAAAAUCUCAGGCUUUACAUCGAGCAAACUUCACUAUGAUUUUUACAAUUCCGAUUCUGUAUCCCUUUGGAUAUACAGUUGCUUCUUUAGGGAGGGGUUUAUUAUGUUGUACAUAUAUAUCCCACUGUGUCUGUGUGAGCCUUUGUCUUGGGGGAGGGUGGGGAGGGCGGAAAAGGUGGCAAGGUCCUUUUUUUUAGAUACUGUUCCUCAAAAGGAAUAAAUGCAGACCUGUUUGUCAAAACACCUUUUGCUUUUUGUGCAACUGCUUUAUAUUAACUAUACUAAAAAAAAAUAGCUUUGGAAAAAAAAAAAAAAACUACUGUAUGUAAUGGAAUUGCAGAAUACGCUGCACAUGUAUUUUAUUUAGUUAUCCUUGCUUUAAGAAUAUUGGAUGACAUUUGCUGACAUGUGGGAGAAAAUCCCUGACUUUUUUUUUUUUCAGCUUUUAAAUUGUAACAUAGUUGACAGAUUUUUUUUUUUUUCUCUUGUUAUCAUGGAUCGAAGCAUUUUUGUACAGUUUUUGUGUUGAAGCUGUUUUUUGGUUUAUUUCGUUUUGGGUUUGUUUGUUUUGAUACUUUCCCACCCCUUCUGUUAUCUUACCACUGCCUUUUCUGGCUGUCUCCAACAAAGUUCAUAUAUUUGAAAGGAAGAAAAAAAAAAAAAAAGUCAUUUAAAAAGAAAAAAAAAAAAAAAAAAAAAAAGUUUUUCUCCUGCUGCAGUAAAUAUUUUGCAUGAUGAGUUCCAGGGUCACACUUUCAAAGUUUAUCAGUGAAGUAGUGAUGAAUAACGGGGGAGUGUCAAACUAUUGAACUUUUUUGUAUAAAAACAAACAAAAAACUUUACAAGGUGCCAAGAUGUAAAGACAAUUUGUUACAUGUUUUUUUUCUCAAAGAAAAGCGUACAUUAUGAAAGUAGUACCAUGUAUCAGGUAAAUCGCUGUCAGGAAUGAGAGUCAAAGCCUUCCUUGUCCACAAAACAAAGUUUGUAAAUGUAAAACCUGUUAGGUUUCUGCAUUCGACUAGAAGUGAAAUGAGAAAUCAAGGCUUAUGUAGAGUAAGUGACCACAAAAGAGGACCUUUUUUGAUUCUCACUCGCAAGAGUCCAGCAAGAGUUCCUGGAACACCCCAAUUCUGGAGCCCCGACUUCAGGAAGAGACUGGGGCAGGGAUUCUGAUCCUACAAAUAUUGCAGAUCAUUAGAUAUUUUAUAUAUAUACAUACAUAAAUAUAUAUAUAUAAAGUUUUUAAAAAAUAAUUUUGAACUAUUGUAGUUUUCAGAUUGCCAAUAUUCUCACGUUCAUUGUAGCAUGGAAAAAAAAGAAAAAAAUGUUUAAACUCUUUUGAAAUCCUUUGGUACCUUUGGUUAAUGAACUCAGAUUGAGUUUUUAGAUGUUUCAGAAGCAAUUUAGUAUUCUAGUCUUGCGAGGUGAACUUGCAGUCAUGACUGCAUUUUAACGGACCCAGAACAGGUAACAAACUAUCUUCUACCCAUAAGCCUUGAUGAAAAUGGUACAGUCCAGACUGUUAGCAUGGUGCUUCGUGUGUAUGUGCUGCCAGUAACAAGAUUUUUUUUUUUUUUUUGAUAAGGCAUAAAAGAAACUCAUUCCUUACAUCAACUGUAAUUCCAUCAUUCCAUGUCUGUUGAUACAGACAAUAAAAAAUGUUGUGUAGUCAGUACUAAUUACUGACAUUAUAGCAUUCUCAAAUGCAAUAAAAAUGCUGGUUGUUCACACUGGUAAUGCAA